CAUGCUAGGGAUACUCAGGACAGGGAGGAGGGAGAAAGGGAGAGCAUGACGUCAAGCGGAGGUAUGACAGAACAUGCCAGGGGAGGAGGGGGAGAUAAUGGGGCAGGAACAAUUUCACAAGACCUCAAGCUGCUUGUUGACGAAGGGGGGCAGCUGUUGCAAGCUUUGUCAGAGAUGGAGACCAGAGAAGGCCUGGACUUGCCGGAGAGCAUACUUCACAGCAUCACCUUAGCAGAUAAUGAAGUAGCAAAAGGACUGCGGCAGCAUAUCGCGGAAAGGACAGAGGAGACGUUGAUAAAGGUUACAAGUGUGUGGGUGGCUUAUCAAUGCAGACGAGGAGAGAACUCCAGCAAACCUCCGUUGCUUCCGUUGAUGAAUGCUGAGAACAAGGUCGUUGAUGCCUUGAGAAUGCUGUGCAUGAUUGAGAAAAAUGAAAUAUUUGUGAUUGAUCGAAAACAACAAGAAUUUUCAGAAAGUCAAUCGGUCAUGCUGCUGGAGGUGGUAAUCCAGAGCCGAAACCGGCAGGUUCUGGUGGAUAAGCUCAAGAUUGCCGCAGACAUCUUGACGGCAAGGUUGGAAAGCAAAGUUUAUGUGUGGCUAGAAGAUCCAAAAGACUUGACUUCUUCUCUCUUCCAAGAAAGUGCUUCACGGAAGGGUACAGAGCAGAAACAGGUCGAACACUUGUCGCUCAACUUGAGGGGAAAGCAAGUCCUGCGCGAGGGCUCCAUCUUUGUUCUUCAGAAACAAACACAAUCUGGAUCAAAGAAGCCGAUCA